AGGUGGGAGUUUUGGCAAAUCUUUUGAUAUUUGAUUAAAAAGAUUUAGUGUUUUAAAUGCAAUGCAAACUAAGGGAAGAGGCUUCAGCGGGUAUCAGGUGUUUCAUCCUUCUGGUUUUACUGUUUUAAUAUUUUUUCUACUUAUAUUUUUAGUAUGUAUUAUUUUAUCAGACAAACAACCAGACAGACGCGCAUGCUUCCGGAAAACCGGAACUUUAUUUUGAAGGACAGAAUCAGCUGUCCGGAAAUACUCGAGUUCAAACCACCAUCGUUGGAGCAGUGCGACCGACUUUUUGUAAUUGAUUGUUUCUACAUACCGGGACAAUGCAAAUAUGUAAUGUGUGCAGUGAACAUACACCAAAAUACAGGUGUCCAGUCUGCAAAAUAAGAUAUUGUUCACUUGGCUGCUACAAGAGGCAUAAAGACACGUGUCUACCUGAUGAGAAGUCUGCAUCUGUGUCUGCAUCCAAAGAUGCUUCAAGCACUGUCCCUGCAGAGCCGUGGAGUGUUGAGGAUCUUCAGAAUUAUGAUGACAUCAUUGACAGGGUGCCAUUGCCCAAGCUCCAGUUGUUGGGUCAGUCAAAAGAACUAAGAGAUCUCCUUUGCAACCCCCAUCUGAGACAGUUGCUUCGCUCUGUUGACAGCGCAGACAGCAAAGACGAAGCAAUGAAGGCUGCCAUGCAGGAGCCUCUGUUUGUUGAAUUUUCAGAUCAGUGUAUGAAAGUUAUUGAAAAUGAAAGUGAAACAUUAAGUCACAAUGAUGAUGAUUUUUGAAGUAGUGACUUGUUUAUUUUUUUCUUUUUAACCACACAUCCUUCAUUUCAUAUGGUUAUUAAACAUUUUGCUAUACCACAUUAUGAAUAUAAUGUUCAAAUAAAAUGGU